UUCAACUUUCAGCAGCUGCCUUGUUAAAAGGUCGAGCUUUUAAUUCUGAGGUAGUGUCGUAACUAUGGCCACGUCUCAGACAGAGAAAGCCAUCGCCAUUGCCGCUACCAAACUCUCCCAUUCACAAUACGAAGACCUUCCCAUAAAUCACCACUCUAUAUUUCGAUCUAACUGCCAAGAAGAAGGAAAACUGAUAGUCGCAGUAAUGGCAGGGCAUGACAUCCCUCAACCAACACUCGAGAUCAAAAAGCUCAGAUUCACCUACCCUGGAAUCGACGGUCAUCCUCCGCCGGGUUCCACUCCUUUGAUCGAUGAUUUCUCCCUCACACUCUUCCCCGGCGAUUGCUGCCUCCUUGUCGGUUCCAAUGGCGCUGGUAAAACAACAAUUUUGAAAAUAAUUGGGGGAAAGCACAUGGUUGAGCAAGAUAUGGUAAGGGUCAUGGGGCGAUCCGCUUUUCACGACACCGCCUUGACUGCCUCUGGUGAUCUUGCUUAUCUUGGUGGUGAGUGGAGGCGUGAAGUUGCUUUUGCUGGUUUUGAGGUUCCAAUUCAGAUGGACGUUUCUGCUGAGAAAAUGAUAUUUGGAGUAGCAGGUAUCAAUCCCCAAAGGAGAGAUGAACUAAUUAAGGUUUUAGGCAUUGACCUCUCCUGGAGAAUGCACAAAGUAUCUGAUGGCCAAAGAAGGCGAGUCCAAAUCUGUAUGGGUCUUCUAAAGCCAUUCAAAGUCCUCCUGCUUGACGAGAUCACUGUUGACUUAGAUGUGCUUGCCAGAGCAGACCUCCUAAAGUUUCUUAAGAAGGAAUGCUUAGAACGAGGUUCUACCAUUAUUUAUGCCACCCAUAUAUUUGAUGGGCUCGAGGAUUGGCCAUCUCAUAUUUGGAGGCGUGAAGUUGCUUUUGCUGGUUUUGAGGUUCCAAUUCAGAUGGACGUUUCUGCUGAGAAAAUGAUAUUUGGAGUAGCAGGUAUCAAUCCCCAAAGGAGAGAUGAACUAAUUAAGGGUUUAGGCAUUGACCUCUCCUGGAGAAUGCACAAAGUAUCUGAUGGCCAAAGAAGGCGAGUCCAAAUCUGUAUGGGUCUUCUAAAGCCAUUCAAAGUCCUCCUGCUUCACGAGAUCACUGUUGACUUAGAUGUGCUUGCCAGAGCAGACCUCCUAAAGUUUCUUAAGAAGGAAUGCUUAGAACGAGGUUCUACCAUUAUUUAUGCCACCCAUAUAAUUGAUGGUCUCGAGGAUUGGCCAUCUCAUAUUGUUUAUGUGGCUCGCGGGAAAUUGCAACUAGCAAUGCCUAUGAAUAAAAUCAAGGAGAUAAGCAAUUUGUCACUUAUGAGAAAUGUGGAGAGUUGGUUGAGGAAAGAGAGAGACGAGGAGAGGAAAUUGAGAAAAGAGAUGAAGGGCCGUGAAGCGGGUGAUCAUAGCCCAGCUACUAGUGCUCGGGUACUGAACAAUGGAUGGGCUGCUGGGAGGCUGAGUUCGACUGUAGCUGGUGAAGAAAAUUUUAUCUUGAGUUCUAACAGAGUCCUCAGUGUCGUAACUAUGGCCACGUCUCAGACAGAGAAAGCCAUCGCCAUUGCCGCUACCAAACUCUCCCAUUCACAAUACGAAGACCUUCCCAUAAAUCACCACUCUAUAUUUCGAUCUAACUGCCAAGAAGAAGGAAAACUGAUAGUCGCAGUAAUGGCAGGGCAUGACAUCCCUCAACCAACACUCGAGAUCAAAAAGCUCAGAUUCACCUACCCUGGAAUCGACGGUCAUCCUCCGCCGGGUUCCACUCCUUUGAUCGAUGAUUUCUCCCUCACACUCUUCCCCGGCGAUUGCUGCCUCCUUGUCGGUUCCAAUGGCGCUGGUAAAACAACAAUUUUGAAAAUAAUUGGGGGAAAGCACAUGGUUGAGCAAGAUAUGGUAAGGGUCAUGGGGCGAUCCGCUUUUCACGACACCGCCUUGACUGCCUCUGGUGAUCUUGCUUAUCUUGGUGGUGAGUGGAGGCGUGAAGUUGCUUUUGCUGGUUUUGAGGUUCCAAUUCAGAUGGACGUUUCUGCUGAGAAAAUGAUAUUUGGAGUAGCAGGUAUCAAUCCCCAAAGGAGAGAUGAACUAAUUAAGGUUUUAGGCAUUGACCUCUCCUGGAGAAUGCACAAAGUAUCUGAUGGCCAAAGAAGGCGAGUCCAAAUCUGUAUGGGUCUUCUAAAGCCAUUCAAAGUCCUCCUGCUUGACGAGAUCACUGUUGACUUAGAUGUGCUUGCCAGAGCAGACCUCCUAAAGUUUCUUAAGAAGGAAUGCUUAGAACGAGGUUCUACCAUUAUUUAUGCCACCCAUAUAUUUGAUGGGCUCGAGGAUUGGCCAUCUCAUAUUGUUUAUGUGGCUCGCGGGAAAUUGCAACUAGCAAUGCCUAUGAAUAAAAUCAAGGAGAUAAGCAAUUUGUCACUUAUGAGAAAUGUGGAGAGUUGGUUGAGGAAAGAGAGAGACGAGGAGAGGAAAUUGAGAAAAGAGAUAAAGGGCCGUGAAGCGGGUGAUCAUAGCCCAGCUACUAGUGCUCGGGUACUGAACAAUGGAUGGGCUGCUGGGAGGCUGAGUUCGACUGUAGCUGGUGAAGAAAAUUUUAUCUUGAGUUCUAACAGAGUCCUCAGGUGAAUCUGACAUUGUUGUGCUAAACCAGAAGUUAAGAGAGUUCGGCAUAGGUAUUUUAUUUGUUUGCUGUAGCCUUCUUGUAAUAAUUAGGUCCUGCAAUGGACUUAUGCAGCCUUGCUUGCGUUAUAUUUUAUAGUGGCCAGACAAAAUCGUAUUGAGUUGAAUUUGUGGUCAAGUGCAUUUAUCCAUUGCAGUCGCAU